AUGACGUGCAGGCUGAUUGACCGUCUGGACAUCAGCAUCCACCUGCCGCUCCUUAGCCUAUCAAAGCGCAAGCUGGUGAUAGAAUUGAACAAUGUGGUCAUGCUUCUGACUGCAACACCCGAGAACCAGUGGGACUCCGAGGCGUUCCGAGAUGAGUACCUUGUGCAGAAGGUCUCCACUCUUGCCGCGGAGUCGCUGGCGCAGGUCGUCACGGAGAUCAAGGGCCGCGGGUUUAUCUGGCGCACGGUUAUCUCGCUCCUGGAAAGCCUCGAGCUUAGAAUCAACAACGUGCACGUGCGUAUCGAAGAUUACACCACCAACCCAAAGGUUGCUUAUGCGGUGGGCUGCGUUGUCAAGUCGGCCGUGUUCUUGACCAGUGCCGACAGCGCGAGCACGCCACGUGACUCCCAGGGUUUCGAGGCGCCGUUCAGGCGGUCGUACUACAACGACAAUGGGCUGAUGAGCCCGGGGGUGAUUUAUCGCCGCAUAGAACUUGAGGGCGUGGGGGUGUACAUCGACCGGUUGGACCCGCUUCGCCCGGGGAUGAUGCAGAGCAGUGACGCCAUGCAACGUGGUUCCGUGAACAGGGAGAAUCCGAAGUCGCGUCACCCGUUCGUCGCGCAUGAUUCCAUCGUGGACGACGGUGAGGAGGCCGCCUUUGUUGAUGCCUUGAGCUACUCCGGCGGCGCGACUGCUGCGUACGGUUCCGGCGGGGGCCACCACAGGGGAGUGCAUUUCGCGCAUGUUCCCAACCGCGACCGGUUGCGGUACAGUUCUGGCGGCAGAGGCCAGCUCAGAAAGGCGUUCCGCAUAAAGGGGCGUCGGGCGGGUGACCGUGUCCGCAGCCGCCUGCUCUUCGCUCGACACUCCCACGACAGGGUGCAGAACGACCACUUCGGCCACCAGCGACCGCUUAAGGUUCUGGCGUCGAACAACUCCGUGUUCAGUUGUGCAGUAUCCAGACUGAUGAACUACCUGUCCACGGGCGAACACAACGCAGAGUGCGACGCGGUAUCUCGAAACGGUUGGCAGCGCAUCCCGGGAAGGGGGUUACGUAGGUCGCAGCGGCGGUACGCAAGCAUCUUCACGCAAAACGGCAGCGGAAAUGCGAAAGUCACGGGCCACGACAGCAGGUCGCCAGUGAAGAGGGACCCACGUGUUAGCCAGCGCAUCAUCCGUCGUCUGGCCAACUACGAGGCUGCGUCCACCUCCGAGAAUCAUCGUUUGUCGAAAAGCAUAACGUGCUUCGGCUAUGGAAACACUGCGACAGGCUCAUCGGAACAUGCUUGGUCGGAUCGUCGCUGUACACUGCGCCGCCUUCUCUGCUGCGACACUUCCCCCAGUGGCCACGGCUCGUCGAUUGACCCGGAUGCUCCAUAUAUGAGCCCUGUGGGUUACAACCUGUCAUCGGGAUCGACGUGGCGUAUACUCCUAAGCACGUUCUGCGACAUUAGGCACCCGACAGAAGAACAGCGCCACGAGUCAUUUGACAUGAUCCGUAAGUCGCAGGAAAGAUAUGCCCGCCGGCACGGUCGCACCGGGCAGUCGCCGGCGAAGGAAUGCCACGAGCAUGUGUCGACUCCUAGUAGUGGCAGCGUCAAAAAGUCUGAUUCGUUGGCAUCGGUGAAGAGCAGUGUUGCUGGUUCGGAAGGUACGGUGUCCGAGGCGACGGGCGACGAUGCCGGAUCAGAGUGCUCGUCGACGCCUUCGAGGGGCCCAUUCGGUUGCUUCUCAAACUGCGGCGAUGCUGCUUGCGCAGUUUCGGACGGCGACUCGGACGUUUUCGACGCCGGGGCGUAUAAGGCCGAGAAGGCUGCACCGCUGUCGUACGACGAGACGUGGCACACGCUUACCUCCAUUGGUGCCUCUGCAGGUGAAGGUGCGUCUCAACAGUCCGACGAGGUUCCCGAUGACGACGAUGUUUGCAUGGACCCCGCUGAACCGCCGCAUAGUUGUCAGGAUGGUGCGGCGUCGGAGGCGUGGACGAGGUACACGUUCGUGAUCAACCGUGACGAGGACCCUUCUUUGAAGGAGUUCUUCCUGAGGUCGUUGGAGGAGAUCACCCACAACUACAUUCUGAACCCUAAGGAGUGCAACGGCGUCCUGUCCUUUUACUUCUGCCUCUACCCCACGCCUCCCUUUGUCGCUCCACGCACGUGUUGGUCAGCGUGGGGCACCGAACAUUACUUCAAGCUGUACAAGGAGACAAUGGCGUUGGCCAAGAACUACCUGCCGCGCUGCUCAGUCUUCCUGCAGAUGGAGGGACUGAACAUCACGAUUUCGAAGGACCAGACUGACUGCUUGAUCAACCUGAUUUACGAAAGCAUCCUGAAGUACAUGAGUUGGCAGUCGGGUAUCGUUUACACGUUCGAAAACCCGCGCGCAUCCCCAGUCGACGAGAUCAUGUACAUGGAGUACUGGCCCCAGUACCUGUUGCUAGACCAGAACAGCAAGAACAAUGAAUUGAAGGAGUUCAUCAUGGAUUUCGAGAUACUGCACUCCAUGCAGGUCAUCCGGAUCCUGCGCAGCAGGGCUUCCGAGGGGCUCCGCAACCUUAUCCGCAGUUUCGGGGAGCGCCAUGGCUACGACUGCGACGUUAGUGAAUGUCUCACCGACGUGUUGCUCGUUAACAUCUGCAACCAGUACGACCGGGAAGCCGACGGGGAAGGUGCUGACAUAGACGACUGCUCGCGGCUGCAGGCGCGACUGAAGAUCGUUGGCGGCAUUUACGAGAUCGCGUCGAAGCACGCGAAAUCGCACAUAUUCUUGGAAUCGCUGCGCAAGAUAUGCCAGCCUGCCAUGUCAACGUUCGACGUGGUUGUCGAUGUGGUCCUGACGAAUGUUCGGAUAGUAUUCACGUAUGACCUGGAGCCUUACGAGGAGUCCAGCUCGAGCGCCAAAGCGUACGUGCUGUCGACCAAAGGUGCGCACGUGUUCAUUGCCGACGUGUAUGGGCGCGACGGUUGCCAGGUGAUUGAGACGGAAUUGCUGCCUUUCAGCAUUCUGAGCUUCCCGUUCAGCCUGUCCAGUGGUGACGCUGAGUCGCAGUCGCGUAAGGGCUGCCCGUGCCAUCAUCUGGACGGGCCCGCCACCGUGCUCUUUUCGUGCGGCGAGGAAGUCCAGGCCGCCGAAGUGAUGACGGAGGUCGAACCUGAACUCACUGGCGUAGCAGGAGGCCUGGAGAAGCUGAAGGCGUUGCGUCGUGACUUUGGUUUGGGGGCGUCACGACGUGCUGACGCUACUGAUGCGGUGAUAAGCGAUUCGAACUUGUACCUGGGCUUAAGCCUCAAUCGCUACUGCAAGCCGAACGACGCGGACACGCGAGUGCUCCUGCAUGUGAAUAGCGAUUUGUUCGGGCACGUCCGGUUGCUGGAUGAGUACAUGGAUUGCCUUCGUAUGUUGAGGCACAAUAAGAGUUUGCACGACACCCUCAACCCGGUCUUGGUGGGCGCCGAAAAGAAGGCUUUUCACCUCUCUCACGACCGCUCUGGUUUCUAUCAUGAGCUCUACCAGUUGAUCGACCUGGGUAUCGAGUAUGCGAAGAACCUGCAGCAGGGCGCGAUGCCGUUUCCGAACGUGGACUUCUUCAUCGAGCAGAACCAUCAAUGCGUGUUCGUCGUGGACGUAGGAUCAUCGGGCAACCGUGCUCCGUACUUCGUGUGCAUGGAAUCGUUCGCUAUGGCGAGCGACAUCACGCCGCGCCUGCUUGAACCGCGUGAUCGUGACUCCCCGUACGACUCCCAUAUCGCGAGAAUGUCCAAUUUGCGCGUGCUGUGCGUGAAUGGCGACUACAGCUUCUUGUCAGACGGCGGCUCGCGGCAGAUGUACAUGGGCGUAGGAGCGGGCGUGAAGUUAUCGGAUUACCUGAACAGGAUAACGUGUGCCAAAUCUGCGAAGGUGCGUGAAGACCCGGUGAUCUCGCUCUCAAUGUCGAAGUUCCAGAGCAACUUCGAGCUCAUUCGCAUCGGUUGUGAGAACGAGGUGUUCGUGAAGUUGAAGUGCUCCAACUCAGGUAGUUUGAACCGCGGCACUGCCAAGAUCGUGAUUACAACCGAUCUGGGUUCCGUGCACGUCUCACUUCGCGAAUGCGAUCUGCUGGCGCUGAUUGAUGCUUACUCCGAGUACGUAACGCUGUGCAACGAUAGCAAGGAGGUACUGUACCCGAGCAAAGCGCGGGACCACUUGCGCGCCAAGGCUUCGCAUGAGAGGUUCGGAACCGCUUCAACUGAUAUCCCAGACGUAUCGCCGCAUACGAGUGAUCACCACGACGAGUAUGUCUUCGACAGCCGUCAUGACGCGGUGUUCCGUUCGAUAGUGUCGCAGAAAUGGAAUGAGGUGCAGGAGGUCAUUGCGCAUCGCGCCCUCGAGACGUCGCGUAUGGUGCAGUUCGAGAUGAAGUUGGAUUAUUUGUACUUCGAAUUGCGUCGCCUGGUGCGCCUGGACGAUGGCACGAUCAACGUUUCGAGGCCACCAGGGUCCCAUUCCGGGACUUUCGAUUUCAGUGCAACGCCGACCAGCCCACUGCGUAGGACGCCUUCUCAUUCGGCGACGCGGUCACCGAUUGCGAGGCCAUCUAAGUACGGCAGUCGGGAGUUCAAUAGCGCCGAUGACAUGAUAAUCAUCCCCACGGAGCAUGCGAGCGCCUACAUGUUAAAGGGGUUCUCCGCAGGCGUUGAUCGCUCCUUUACUCUCAAGUCAUUUGAUGGGAUGUACCGUGAUUCCAGCCCCAAGAAUGCAAUAUCGCGUCAUGCAGCACUGUCUUGUGUGCAAUCGGUUCUCCAGCGCUUCGGCGUGACGUUGCCGCUGCUGAGCUGCAAGCUGACCGGUUUGGGCGUGAAGGCCAGGUGCUCGUCAGGCGUGGUGGACUGCCUGCGUGCGUUCGUGGGUUCGGUGGAGGUAGAGGACCAAACCAACUCGGUACCGCUCUACCUGUCCACGCUGUUCUCCGCCGGUGAUAGCACGCUGUUCUGGAGGUGGUUAAAGGUCCGCCGCGAAAUCCACAAGGUGCGGUCUGCGAUGGAAUCUUACAGUGACGACUUGAACGCGUCGAUGCGGCAUUUGUUACUUCGCAGCAGUCGCGGCGCUGCUUGUAGCAGGACUGAACGUGACGAUCCCACUCUACGCAGAACGCUGCGUCACAUUGAUUACUACAGCGUUGACUUCCGUCACCCCCUAUCCCAUGAGUACGACGAGCCACAAUUCUUCCGGCUGAAGGAAACCAGUGGCCACAUCUGUAGAGCGUACCAGCGGGUGGAGCAGUACCUCUCGUGUAUAAUGGACUGUACGCGGAUGACCGACAAGGAGGUCUUGCGCUCGGAGGCUGGGCGCAACGUGCGUUUACCGUUCUUCAUGAUGGCGUCCAUAGACUACGACGACAGCGGACGAGGGAAAUGCAAGGUUGACGUUUCCAACACCAUGGUGAACGUUGCUUGGGAGGUUGUUGACGAGUUGAUGGACUUCUGCAUGAGGCUUUCGAAGAAAAUGGCAAACAUUCCGCAGCCGUCCGCGCCUGUGGCGGAAUCGAGCCCUGCACGCAUGAACCUGGAGACCACGGUGACUGUUGAACAGUCCAACCUGAAUGUGCUCUGUGAUUCGGCGUGGGUUGGGUACAAGAACUUCGUCAACUUCAUGUGGUACAAGGUGCUGCGCGACUCCUUCCAUUCGGGCGACCCGGGCAGUGGUUCGUGCUCGCGUAGAUGCUCAAUCGCCGACCUAAGUGAGCACCGAAGCCACCUGUUGAUGAACAUAAACGAGCAUAUGCUGCAGCAACGCGGAAUGUUCCCGCACAGUUUAGGCCAGGGCACCAAUGCGUCCAUAAGCAGCGAAGCGCUGGUGCCUCACGUCAAGGCGCUGUCGUACGACAAGAGGCGGGAACACCAUUUGAGGCUACUUCCGAAGGAGCAGCUGUUCACCCCGAUGAAACGGCAAAGCGUGGCGACCAACGUCAGCUCCAAUACACUGAUGCGGUGGAGUUUCGUACACCGCCUUCUGCACGAGGUACACCGGAACGCAAUCCUCUCCACGCCGAUCUACUUGCGCCUCUCCGGGCGCGGCAGCAUUCACCUCAGCUUGAGUAGCGGAGCGCGUGAACCCAGCUGGUUGGACGGUCGGCCUGUUUCAACGAUGGGUGGGCUGGGCCGCGGUUUCACGGAUAAUGCCAAGGCGCCCUCCCACGAUUACCCGUCAUUGACCGUGUUUAUGCGUGCAUCUGGCAGCAACAUUUUCGGGGUCUUUUCGCGGCACUUCUCCUACCGCGUGCUGACCCCUUGCGGUUACGCCUUGACCGCCCUGCGGAAACGUGCACCGGCCGGCGAGGAAUUCUACCGACAACAGAUUGACUUCCUCAAGUUCAUACGGCAGCAUCGCCAACGCGACUCCAAGUUCUUCGAGCUUCUUGCGUUGUCCAAGCAGACCCUGUAUGACUUCAACGAGUGCGUCGAUUCGAUGUUCAUCGAUCCGUGCCGUUUGGAAGUUUCCGGUGGCGUACUACUGCGCCCGGACUCGACGUCCUUUGGGCACCGGGAGUUCCCCCAGAGCCUCUGCAUGACGGUGUCGUUUGAGACGGUGAGGUGUUCGCUCUCUUGCGUCGACAUUCUGUCCUUCUGCAGCUUGGCUGGGCUGGCUGGUUCAUGCCUGAGUAUGCAUACAUCCGGUGACACUGUGCCCAGCACCGCCGUUGCCGCCGAGCCUGCACAGUCACCACUUUCUCCGGUGGCAGCGGCGCCUGAGACUCCCAGCAACGCCAAGGAGCUCGUGGAGGACAGCAGCACCGGCGCGGAUGAAUUCCACUCAUGCGCUCCCACCUCGUCGGAAGGUGACUGGGUCAGUGUCAAGUCCGACGCGGAGAACCAAGUGGAUAUCCGCAACCCUGUGGAACGCAGGAGUACUGGUCUGAGGAAGUCCGGCAGUAGGUCAUCUCAAGCUUCGAAUACCGGUUUCCUGGAGCGGCUUUUGUCCGGCUUCAGCGUUGGUGUGAAGGUCGCCUUUAACCUCGUUUACCUCGAGGUGUCCAGCAACUACGUCAACGAGUUGCGGAAUAUAUUCACUGCCUCGUUGGAGGAUUUCGAAUUCCUAUUGUGGUCUAACCGCGAAAAGAGGCAAUCCGUCCUGUCGUAUGCGCCUUCCUUCGCGUCGGCGCAAAACGUUGGGGUAGCCGAUGGGAAGGAUUGGGUGAACGCUCAUUUCAAUGAGUCCAUAUCCUUGUCCGAGGUCUAUUCCUUUAGCAUAAACGACAAUAUAUCGCUCUGCUUUGGUGCCAUCCAGUACAUCUUAUCGCAGCAGAUUUCGUCGGAGGAAUUGCACCCGCAUUCGGAGCGCUCAAACCCUUCGCGGCUGGGAUUCGGCGUCAUUGAGGAUCCCAUAUCGCACCUGUCGUCUUCCACGAGCUCCGCGCAUCCACUGCUGAAGUUCGAGUCGCAUUUUUGCGUGACUUUGGACAUUUGCAAGACGUCUAAACGUGAGAUGGUCAUGGAGCCGGUAACAGUGCGCUUCCGAGGCAGCAAGGCCUCGAUGUCCUCCAAGACCAUCGCCAGCCUAAGCACGUCGUGGAUCAACCUCAACAUUUCGCUCAUCGGGGCGGAGUGCGUUUUCGGCUUCAUGAGGUACAUCUCGGAGAUGGCGCGCCUCAGAAUUGCCCUUGUUGAGCAGCAACAGGACGACUACCACGCAUUCCAGCCGCCAGUUGCGUGCAGGUCGGAUGGCGAUAUUGUGACCACCAUGAUGCCCAUAUCGGCGCUGAAAAACGCAUCGCAACUCAGUUUGUCCGCAUCUUCGCAUGCGACACUGGGGUUGACGAACCCCUCGCUGCCGGUCUGGGAAAUAUCGUCUGCAAUUGCUUUUAGGAUAGAAAAUAACCUGUUUAGAUGCGCGAGGAUGUUGGAUUUGCACGCGUGCCUGCUGGCUGCCGUUAGGCCGAUGAGCUCAUUCAAACUAGAGGGCGACGCGGCCAGUGCCUCCCCCUUGGCCUGCCACGGGCUUGCUCCAUCUCACGACGUGGUCGGUCGCGGUGGCAGCUCGCGGAGAGAAAUAACCCGCGAUCAGCAAUCGUACCUUCUGAACUCAUUGGGGCAGCCUAUCGCAGUCUGUCUGUAUGUCGAUUCGUCAUUUGAGAGUUCUGAGGAUUGCACGUGGAGGGUCGUCGAAGACGGGGACAGUUGCGUUCUCCCGGUGGGGCACUACGGCAUCAUUCUGCCGUUUGUCGUGCGCAUUCAGCUGAACAACUGCGUAUACGAGAUACCGUCGUCGAUGUUGAACCUGACCCAGGAUGAGGAGCUCAUACUCCGCCUGGACGUGUCACGCAAAUACUUGCGAGGCCGGCAUCAGAACCGCAUGGCGUUCCUGCGCACCAUGCGCCCGGACAGGUCGAACACGCAAAUGUACCGGUUUGGCGUUAGCACCGCUUGUACGCGUUUCCUGGUCAGCGACUUCGCGUCGUCGAAGCACUCGGGCCGUCUCCCCACCUCCCACGUCUCUGGUGGUUGGAGGCAACGUGUGUUGAAACGUAUCAGGGCCAUGCGCAGGGUUCCUGGCGUGCCGCUGCAUCUGUUUGAGCAUGAGGAGUUCAAGUACGCGUACGUCAUGGUAAAAACGCAGCAGAGCGUGGGUAGCCUCAUCAGGUCGAACGCGUCUGCAACAAGCCACUUCAGCCUGCAGUUGUCGUCGACGCUCUGGAUCAGCAACCAGUCGCAUGAAAACCUGGUGGUGUUCCCCUCGGUGAGCAUGGACGCUGCGAACCGCGUGGUGCCGAGCUCGUCGCUGGUUUGGCUUUCGCCCAACGCCCCGGCGACCACUACGCUACCGCUCGCGAAGAACACCAUAGAGAGCAACAAGAUGAUGGCGGUGGUGAAAGCCGUGGGCAACAACCUUUUCAAGCAGCUGACGCACAUUCAGGACUCCAAGCAACCCAUCAAGCGCCUUGUGCCAGCCCACGUGUUGCGGCCGCUCAGCACCAACGAGGAUGCCUCGAACCGCCCUCAGGACUUUAAACUGCAGCACCUGCUUCUGCGGGUGUAUUCAUACGCGCAGCAACGUGUGAGCGUUCCGUUGUCGUGGACAAUCGAGCCGUCGUGCACCAUUUGCGUUUGCCUGCAGGACGAUUUCCCGCUGAACGUCGGUGGCGGCGAGUACGCCGUGCACGUCAAUCGUGCUGACCGUUUAGCGUUCGAGUUCCCGGAGGACAUGCCCCCGCACUUCAAAGGCGACGUGCUGCUCUCCAGCACUUCGGUGCAGCAUCUCUACGACUCGUUUGAGUUGCCGCGCAUAAAGACGCCAAUACCGGACUACACGUCAAGGGUGCACCUGGGUAACGUCGGACCUGACGACAUCUUGGCAACAGGGCUCAAUACCGGGUUUGUGCAGGAUCUCACGGUGUCCUUAAAAGGGCGCGAUGCCAUACGCACCAAAUCCAUUACGCGCUGUGCCACGGCGGUGAUGGGAUCGCCGACUGCAAACAGGACGGCAGGCCGUAGGAACUCAGAAACGCUGCUGGGUAACGAAGCAACUUCCGAUUCUUCAGCGCGUGAAGAAGCCAAUGUUAGAUCAUCUCGCAACCUUUCCCCGGCACAACUCUUGUCGGAGCAUGUAAACCGUCACGGCAGCAUUAGUUCGGACACAACGCCCGAUGCUGCCACCGGUGUACCAAGCGCUUUGGUUAAUGUGCCCAGUGCUCCGGAUGUAAAGACGGACGGGUCAGAAAGCGUGUCGGAAGGGUCUAACAAGAUCGCGUUCUCGGACGGAUCCGACCGUCGUUCCGCAUAUGCGGUGACUUCGAAAACGUUUGCGCACCUUGCGGUGGCGUCCGACGUCAGCAGCGGGAGCCCGUCUAACGGCAUGCUGCUGCGCCGGCGUUCUCGUGUGGAACACGUCACGUCGCUGCGCAACCACAAAUUCCGCAGCGCCUCGGUAGACCACAGGCCCAUGUUCGAGGUUCCGGAGGAUACUGACCUGCCGCCAAAAGCAAUCCUCUCCGCAACUCUUAUAGAGGUCACUUCCUCAAUGAGAUCAAGUUUCGGUACAACGGUUGGGCGUUCGGGAAUACGACACUACGAAAUUUCACUGGAGAGCUGCCAAGUGGUGGAGAAUAUGAUGCCGUUCGAUGUCCACAUACUGAGCCCAGUGACUUACGAUUACCUGAAGGCUGCGAACCCCUCAGAAGGCGAUGUCGCCGCGGAAGUGCCGUUUUACCCCGUGCCGAUAAAGGCGAGCGGCAGGUCGCAGUUUUCGUGGUACAUUAAGAACGGGCGUUUUGUGCUGAGGGAGCUAUUGAGUCGUGAAUUCAAUUUGAAGGUGCCAACAGAAGCUGUGUCCGUUUCUAGGUUGCUGUUUGAAGCCAUGCAGCCUAAAUUCGCCGAUGCGUUCGCAGCUCUUCACGAUACGACCGAGACGGAGGAUUCCGCAACGACAGAAGCGGUUGCCACCUGCCCACUGUCUAGGAGACUUGUGGUCUCCAUUGAGGUCAGCAAGAAGCCUCUCGACCCGGUUGACGAACGUGGCGGCUUGGUCAAGCGUUAUCUGGCCAGCUCCCAGUUGGUGUGCACCAUAUUUGCCGACAAGUGGAUUGUGAAUUGGUUGGAGUAUCCGAUAUCGUUGUGCCGCGGUGACGGCAGGUACAAGCAGACCAUAGCUGCACAGAAUUGCACCCUGGUCAGCCAAGAGCUCUCUUCAACCAGCCUCCAGCUGGCGGUGCGGAAAAACACGCUCCAGAAGAUAUCGAAUUUCGAGAAUUAUCCCAUGCGCUCGAAACGCCGACUGUUCAGUUUGGACCGCUCUAGCGAGACGCAUGUCAUGUCGAGCAGCUUCAGCUUGCCCGACUUGGCUUACUCCACCUGCGAUUUCCCCGCUACGCUGGAGUGCCCCAAGCUACAUUACCUCAUCUCCACUUCGAUGGCCCCUGCCCCGUUCUACCGUACGAGCGUGCUCGAGAUACUGCCACAGACAACUGUGACCAAUGAGUUCAAUCACGCGCUAUGGCUUCGCGAACCGGAUGCGCCCACCAUGGGCGGAUCUAUUGAUGAGAACCGAUCGGCCGGCUACUACCUCGUGGAGCCCGGGGAAACCAUAGAAUUCCACUCACAGGUGAAGGGGGAGCUUAUUCUGGAGAUAACUGGUGUGGACCCGCGCAGCGUCUUCGCAUCGGCAGGAACGCCAAAUUCCCCGGAGGCUGCCUCGCCGUUCACCAUCUGGUCGUCGGGGAUAUCGCUGAAGCCUUCAGCUGUUGUUCAGCUGCGCUACCCGGCAUCGCUGCAGCAGCUUAAGAAGCUGACCGGGCGUUCAAACACUCCUCUUUUGAGCCCGCAGUCUCCGCAGGAGGAUGCGCACCGUGCCGCUGCGUCACCAUCCGGCGUGCCGCGGCCGCUGCGCUACGGUCUCUGUGAGGUUGAGAUAAGGAUGCACCGUGGAGCCAAGAUGGUGCGCUUCAUGAAGCCUGCGGUGGCCGAGUGGGUGCUGCUGAACACGACAGGUGUUGACCUCUGGGUCCAGCAGCUGGGAGUGCCCGGCUACGGGGAGGUGCUACCUGCAGUCGGUUUGGCAACUGGAGCCCUGACUGAGCGCUACGCCGGGCUAGGCGUCCCGUUCGCAUGUUACGACCCCUUCAAGGAGCACACCUUGUUGUGCAGGUUCCACCUGAACAUGCGCGCUUUCAGGAUGCUGGUGGGCCAACACGGCAAGGGCAACCGCCGCAAAAACGACCCCUCCGUGGGCAACGUGCGCGCGGAUAACUCUGACAGCUUAUUGGGCGUUCUACCGCUGAGGCACGUGCUGAAUCGCCGCGCCGGCCGCGUUGCGCGUGUCAAGGGGGCGCUGAGGGUGAACCUCAGCCGGGUCGAGUCCAUGCGCUGCAGUGCGGUGUUCCACCUCAGGUACAGCAACACCAUCAUAUCCAUGCGGCUGAUAGCCCAGACGUGCGUCGUCUUCGGCCAGAAGACGCUGCACUUCACCGCCAUGCGCAUUCCAACGCGUGGGUUGUCCAGGUUCCAGAGGAUCAGGCCCUUGCAAUUCCUCCACCUCUACUCCGUGCUGAAGGACAAGUUGACGGUGCCACAUGACAUGCGCUACAACAGGAGUGGAACCUUGCGCCUUCUCAGCCGCGCAGGCGGCGCUAUUCGUAGGAUGAUGCCUGCCGCGUUGUGUGGUGAUGGGCAAUCGUCCCUGCUGUCAUUCAACGCAUCCAGGAUCAUGCGGCGGGUGCGGGCGUGCUUCACGGCCAAGUCCGAACGCGACACCGUGAAUGAGACCGUGGUCACGCCGACGGCGCGGACUCGCACGCAGCGCGCUGGUCUCUUCAACUGGGAGUAUGUCCUCCAGGUGAACAUUUUGGGCCUUGGUACGGCGAUUUGUGGCGGCAUUGCGGAGGAGCUCCUGUACAUCUCGAGCACCUUGAUCAAGCUCCAGGUCAUGCUGGACAACGACGAGCACAUGCUCUCCCUGUCUGUCGCCUGGAUACAGUCCGACGUGCACGACUCUUCUACGUGUUACCCAACGAUGCUGCGCCCGUUGGCCACUUGGCACUCCCCUGCGCACGCGAACGAGAUGAAGCGCCGUAGCCGCAUCCGAGAACACUUGGGGGCGAAACAUGACGCCGGCGACGAGCGACAGCAGACAGAACCGCACGUCAUAACCAUCAAGUUCAAUACGCGAGGAAACCACUACCUCAGCGUGCGCGAGAUCACCAAUUGCAGUAUCGAACUCGAGCCUCUGAGUUUGAAUCUGGACACCCGAGUUGGGCAGGCGUUGCUGAUGCUGGUGGACGAGUACAUAUCCGUGUUUGGGUUUUCCGGCGCGACGUCGGACUACUUCGCAACGGCCAACGUGGGUAUCUUCUCCAACGUGGAUAGUUGGCUGCGCGGCUUCGAUGUGGUGAGCUACCCAUUGCGGGAGGUUGCCCGCAGCCAGUUCAGCAGUAGCCUGAGCUCGGGGACGCGCUACAACAUUUCGAACCUCCACGUGGGCCGCAUCAUGCUGGCCAUCAAUGUGCGCAGGUCGGGGUCGCGCGCCACGUUCGAUUUGCAGGCGCAGAACGUGAUAAUACGGUACCUGAUGCACAUUGUCCGCCGCAUGCCGCACAUCAGCGACGCGAGCAUCAUCCUCGCGCAGGAGUCGUUCUUGGAGCUGUGCUGCACGCCGUACGCGCUGAUGUCGCACUUCUCCAUGCGCUACAUCACGCAGAGCGUGCAGCAGAUCUACAAGGUGCUGGGAGCAGUUGACCUCAUUGGCAAUCCGAAGAUAGUUGUGCACCACUGGAUGAACGGCUGUUGUCAAGCCAUCUCCAUCAUGCGGGAAUCGUUAGAGUAUCUGCACCUACCGCCCGUCGUCGUUUUCCUCUGGUUCCGCUCAGUGUCACGAAUGGGCGUCUCUGUGGUAUCGGGUAUCGCGGACGCAGUGUAUCGUUUGACGGGUAGUUGGUACCUGAUAUUCAACAGGCUGGCGUGCAACGCCGACCGGUACGCGGUGAUACUAAUGCAGGAGGCGUUCAGCAAGAGUCUGGACCAACCGAGCAACGUAAUGGAGGGUAUCGUGUUCGGUGGUCGAUCCGUCGGGCGCAACCUUUACGUUAGCGUGGGCAACUUCGCCCUCAAACCGCUUCAUCAGCUGUUAAAGUGCAUGUCCGCCAUCAAGACUGCGAAGGCAAUCAACGGGGACGUUACGAUGGCGUUUUUGCACAUCUUCGGUUCCCUGUUCUCGUCCAUGGCAAGUUUGAUCUUCGGAACGUUCUCGAGUCUGCUGAGCGGCAUAUCGGUGGUUUCGCAGGGUUUGCUGCACCAAAUCCAUUCGGCGCCGAUGUUGUCCGCCAUACGCCCGCAACGUUCGCAUAACUACCUGAAGACUUCCGGGCCCUUGCGAUACAACUUCUUGGAAUCGUGGUCCAUGUGCGCCUCGGAGCAGACGACAGGCGUCAAGGAGCUGCUACUGCUGCUGCCGUUGGACGGCAAGCUGAAGCUCUUUGACCCCAUGUACACGGCGACGUCGCACUGGUCUGCCUUGUCGGCCCACAUGGCGCUGAUAAGCCCUAUUACUGUUUGCACCCCGGCGUCCGCGCUGCAGACCUUCUUCUGGAUAAACCGCACCCAUGUCGGGCUUUUGCACCGGCGCAAGACGUUGUGGAAGUGCGAGAGCAAGUCGAUUUGCAGCAUUGAGAUCUUCCGAGUGCCCGCCACGUGCUACCAAAAGCCCGAGGGAGUGCGCUACGAAGAUUCUGUCUCGGCCAUUAUCACCGCAAAGGCCGCCCGCAAGUUCUUUAGCGCGAGCGAUACAUUCUACCUCCGUGUUGUACACAUAUCAUCGGAGUCCUCGCCAUCCAUUCGCAGGGGCCCGGCGGCGGUGCCGCCCCCGUUGUUGCAACGCUUACAGGAGGAAGCCACGUUCCCGUCCGAUGAUUGCGCCCCUGGACGUGCAAAUGGGAUGCAUCUGGGUCGCACGAGGGCAGCCGGGUGGGACUCCGGAGAGCAUGCUACUACUGUGCGUCGACCAGAAUCUGGAAAGGGCCCGGCGAGGAUAACGUCAGCUCGCAGACUUUACCAGGAAUCGGUAGACUCCGGAAGCUCAGAGUUCGCCGGAAUCACUAUUGACAAGUACGAGCGCCGGAUGCAAGAUUUGCCUAUGUUCAAGAGCAGCGCCGAGUUAGAGCGUCUCUCAUCGCAGUCCAGCAGCAGUAGGAACCGGAUGGACGAGGCGGAUGGAGCAAACGGUCAUUGGUAUGAGACUGGGCUCAACGGAGAGCCAAACUCGUGCACCAGUUCCUAUGAGCGUGUCGCGAGGCGCUCUUCCGCCCGCCGCGUGACCCUCGGGAGCACCGCAAAGAUGGCCAAGGUGGUCCGUCUGCCGAACAUGGAGACCGCCAGGCUGUACUUUACGCUGUUGGUUUCGGUGCUGCACGAAGCCACACUAUAA